UUUCCCAUGGCAUCUUGCUAUAAAUAAAUGAAACAUUAAAGAGAGCUUAUUUUGCGGUUCCUCUUCCACACACUCAAACACACAUAUUCACUCGUGGCACACGCAACACACACACAAACAAACACACUGUAUCAAAACACUGACAAGAUGGGUUUGGAAAACCUCAAGAACGAUGGAAAAAACACAAGCAAAGAUUCAAGAAAGAUUAAGAAACCGUUGAUUGAAAAACAGCGACGUAAAAGGAUCAAUGAUAGUCUUCACGAGCUAAAGCAGCUGGUAUUGGAAGCCUUACACAGAGAUAUCACACUUUACGAGAAAAUGGAGAAAGCUGACGUGUUGGAUCUCACCGUGAACUACCUCAAGUCCGCCAAAUGCGCCAAACAAAAGCAGGAAAGCUCAACUGGUUUAGCCAGUUAUCAAGCAGGUUUUCGAGAAUGCCAGGAUCACAUGACGCGUGUCCUCAUCACGGAUCCAACGAUCAACGCAAAUCAAAAGUCACAAAUGAUAUCUCACAUUGCGAGAUCUCGACCAAUGAUGCCGUUAAAUCUACCUCAUCCUAUCCACAAUUUCACACCGGUUGCUCCAACUUAUCCACAGUUUACCACCACGCCACCUCCUUCGCCCAUCCCAUCCCCCACAGCGAGACUACCGCUGUCCCCUAUAGAAGGACUAACGCUGUUAUCCCAAACGGCUGAGCUAAAACCAAACAGAAGAUUGUCUUAUAAUGACAGAACGUCAAGAACUGAGUCUGUUUGGCGACCAUGGCACUAAGCCACGUAACAUUUAGGACAAAGAUUGUAAUAUUUCUUUAAUUUCGCGCGCAACUCUUGUUCUUAUAGAUUAAUCAUAAUUGUAAAUU